CCGAGGGUGUAUGAGAGGUCACAGGAACUGGAUAACUGCAGGAUCAUUGAUAUCAUUAGAGUUUCUCCAAACAUAUCCUUAAGUCAUGGCUGACUUUGACACAAUUCUGAAGUUCUGGGCUCCAGUGGAGGCGGACUUGAACACAUACGGAGGUCUAGUUCUAAGUCGUUUAUUCACUGAGCACCCAGACACCCAAAAGCUGUUCCCCAAGUUUGCAGGAAUCGCCCAAGCCGACAUGGCCGGUAACGCGGCCAUUUCUGCCCAUGGUGUCACAGUGCUUAAGAAACUGGGGGAGCUGCUGAAAGCUAAAGGCAACCACGCUGACAUCCUCAAGCCUCUGUCCCAGACCCACGCCACCAAACACAAGAUAGCCCUCGUCAAUUUCAAGCUGAUCACAGAUGUCAUCGUGAAGGUCUUGGAAGAGAAGGCAGGACUGGACAGCGCCGGGAAGCAGGCUCUGAAUAACGCAAUGGACGUCGUCAUUGCCGACAUUGACGCCGACUACAAACAGCUGGGAUUCGCCGGCUGAUGUCCGCUUGCAGAAAGAAAUACGGCUGUCUGGAAUUUUGUUAAAAUUUAGGACUGCUAUUUUCAAAUUAUAUAUAUAUUUAGUAAAAUAGCUGAAUUAUUAUUAAUAAGGUGUUCUUGAACAGCUAUUGCACAAAGUCGGAUAUAUGGAAUGUUUUUUUUGUGUUUGUUCACGUUUAACUACUAAAUAAAAAUGUGUAUAAAAAUCA